GGCUAUGGUUUGGCCGCCAUAUUGUAUUUGUGUGAUGGAAAAGAUUUGCCAAGUGCCGUUGCUAAAAAAAAAUCUUGAAUAAGAUAUAAGUAAUUAAGAAUACUCUAAUUAUUUACGAAUUAAAUUAUAGCUAUUGUGCCGCUCAUUUGAAAUUAAAACUUUGGUCCUGUGUAUUGAACGUGUAGCGUGUAAGGUUGUUAUGGUUUUCUAUCAAAAAAUAAAAUAACCAAGAAGGUGCUGAACAAGAUCGAAAAUAUUUUGUAUCCGAGAGACAGGGAUACUAGUGCUGUGUUUCAGGUAUUCUCAUGGAGAUUAUUAGAUUAUUAUGAAUGGGGAUGUGAAUGGUACCAUGGAGGAGCCAAUGGAGACCCUGUCUCCUAGUGCUGAAGGUGACAACAUGCAGUCCCUGAAACCGACAACAGAAGCCAAUAUUGCAGAGAGCCAACCAGACUGUAAUAUUGCUGAAAAUAAACCAAGUUUGGACAUCACAGAGAACCCACCAAGCCCUGGUAUCACAGAGAAUCCACCAAGCCCUGGUAUCACAGAGAAUCCACCAAGCCCUGAUAUCCAGGCAUGCCCUGAUACCGUAGAAGACAAACAAAAUUCUGAUACCACAAACAACCAACUCAGCCCAGAUAUUACAUUAAACCAACCAAGCCCUGAUCAGAUGGAUGCAGAGGAUGAUCAAAACAUAUCAGAGAAUGAUAAAGAUAUCAUUGCAAAACAACCUAACUUGGAUAUCACAGAUAACCAACCAAGCCCUGAUAUUACAGAGAACAAAGCCAGCCUAGCAAACAUAGAGAACUCAGAAACUACUUGUGGCAAUGGUGAUACCUCAGAAGAUAUUAAUUUAGAAAAUGGAAACCUAGAUCCUUUAAAUAAUAAAACUGAAAACUCAAACCAUGAAAGCAGUAACGAAAAAUCCGAAAAUAUUGAAGAUAACACAGUUAAAGGUGACAAUAGUACUGAAUCAAAGCCUUCAUCCCAAGACAAUAGUUCUGAAACAGUGUUGACUGAAUCCCAAAAAGAAGCAGAGAAAAAAGAAAAUGAUAGGUUAGAUCUCUACAUGAAAGCAGCUAAAAUUAAAUCAUCUACAUCAUUGAAACAAGCACUUGAAAGUAACACUGAGUGUCACUUGUUUCAGUUGGAGAGAGAGAGAGUUUUUGUGUUCGAAUCUGAUGACGCAGAUUCUUUGGAUGAAGAUAGUGAAAACGGAGAUAAAGUUGCAGAUACAGUUAGCAUUAAUUCAGAUGAUGAUGAAGAUGAUGAUGCUCAAGAUAAUAGUGACAUUGUUUUAGUCGAAGAUUGUAAAACGCAAAAUGGCUCAGAAGUUCACGAAAUUAUGAGCGAUGAUAACGAUGAUUGCAUUGUGACAAAUGAAGAAACUUCUAAUUCUAGUUUGAGUAAUGGCAAAAAUGCAACUUUAAGGCGCAACCGGCGCGCUUCAAAGAGAAAGAACUAUGAUGAUAGUGAAGACAAUGAUGAUGAGUCUGAUGUAGAAGUUGUGCCUAUGGAAGAUCCUUUAAAUCAAGAUAACAGCAUGCCAAAUGCAAAGAGAUCUACUAGAUCUCUGAUGAGUGCAAAAAAGGCAAAAACAAAUAAUAACAAUCAGAAGGACUCUGUAGUUAUUGUUGAUACAAUUUCUAUAUUGGAUGACAAAGAAAAGAAGUCGUCAGCAGUUAAGAAUGUUUCUCUCAAUGCUCAAAAUCUUUGUCAAAGUAUAGCAGCGCGAGGUACAACAGUCACAGCGGUCAGUGUAAAAGCAGCGCCGUCUUCACAGAGCUCGCAGACAGCGUCGCCCCCCGCGCCGGUGCUGCCCUCCCUCACUGACGACAUGUUCGUUGUGGAAGCCCCGUCAUUCAUCGUCCCAUACGUCUAUGAGAAACCAUCUAUAAAGCCCUUCAGGGAAUUUGUUGAUAUCUUAGGUAAAGAACUAGAAGACCAAAAAGCUAAGGAGGAACUCGAAAGACUGGAAAAGGAGAAGUUAAAAAAAGAAGCAAAAGAUAAAGACCGUAAAGAACGAAAAGAGAGAGGGGAAGAAGUAUCUGAAUCUGAAGAUGAAGAAAAGAAAAAGAAAAGGGAAGCAAAUAGAGCUCGCAGGCGUAAACAAAGGACAGAAGAAGAUGAUGAUUCAUGGAAUGGAUCCAAUUCUUCUGAAUCUGAAGAUGAUAUUUUAAGUGAUGAAGAGGGAAAAAUUAAAGAUGAUGACUCAAUUGAGGAAGUAAAAGAAAUUAUGCCUGGUGCAUCUCAUACAGGGAAGCCAGACAGUUAUUUCAAUUGUUCUCUUGGUAAAUUCUUUAUGGACAUUGGACAGAAUUUAGUUCAGGAGUUUGUUCAAAUCGACUUGCUAAAACAACAAACCCGUAAACUUAAUAGAGAAAAGAAAGGUGGUCAUAGCACAAGAGCAACUGAAACUUCACUGGCAUCACUUAGGAAAAAUAUAGAGCUUAGUAAAGAAAGUAAUGAACCAUUCACAUUUAACCAGGUUAAAUGUGAGUUUUGUACUUUUAAGUCGGAGUCAAUGCUUACCAUGGCUAAUCAUUUAGAAGUACCUCACAUGAAGAAUAAUUUGUACAGAUGUAAUUUUUGUCCAUUUGAAAUUAAGAGUCCACAUGAUAUAUUGAUGCAUAUGGAGAAGGAGCAUAGUGUGAGGGGCAGACUGGAGCGAGCGCCGGCCGGCCACCAGUGCGUCAACUGUCCCUUCGAGGACAAUGGCAAGGGCAAGCUGGCCCGACAUAUCAUAUCCUGCGCUAAGAGAUUCAAGCCAGACAUGAACUUGUGUCCACCAGUCGAGUGGGAACCCCCAGCGAAGAUACCAAAGAUAGCCAAGCAGCGAGGCAACGCAGGCUACAACUCGGGGUACAACCGCCCCGCGGCGCCGGUGCGCGGUGUGAGCGUCGGCAACAUCAUGUCGGCCAUGGCCACGUUCAAGACCCGGCCGCGCACGCCGGCGGUGCCCGCGCUCACCCGCGCGCCCGUCACUGCCAUGCCAGCCCUGCGGGGCAUGAACAAUGUACCGGUGCCCUUGCAAGUGCCUGGAUUGACUACUCCAUCGGGAAAGCCUGCAAGGCCUUUACAGCAGGCGCCAUCAAUUUCCAUCACGCCUCUGCCGCGCAACCCGCAGCCCGGCAGCCCGCUGGCUCUGGGGACGCAGGCUAAAGGAACAUUCGUUAUCUGUGAAAUCUGCGAUGGAUACAUAAAGGAUUUGGAACAGCUAAGAAACCACAUGCUGUGGACACAUCAAGUGAAAAUCCACCCGAAAAUGAUUUACAACAGACCGCCGCUGAAUUGCCAGAAAUGCCAAUUCCGGUUCUUCACGGACCGAGGUCUGGAGCGGCAUCUGCUGGGCUCGCACGGGCUCGUCACCAGCUCCAUGCAAGAAGCCGCCAAUAAGGGAAAGGACGCUGGACGUUGUCCCGUCUGUGGCAGGGUAUACCAAUGGAAAUUGCUCAGUCACGUGGCGCGAGACCACAAGCUGACUCUCAAACCGGCGCAUCUCUCGUACAAAUGCACCGUGUGCACUGCCACCUUCGGCAUGUACAAACAGUUUGAGAACCACGUGUACUCUGCCCACCGCGUGGUGGCCAAGCGCGUGGUCGAUAAGGGAAAGCCCGACGCGCCCAAAGAUGCAGCGGUUCUCAAGCCGGUCAAGAUUAACGAUGAGAUUACUAUCACGCCGCAACCGGCCAAGGCGACGACGUCUAAGGGGAAAUAAGGAUUGGCAGGAGACAUCUUUGGCCGGUCUCGUGCCGGUGUGCUCUUCGCCUCCGAUACAGAAAAUGACUGUUUCAUACCGUUAUUAUCAAAACUAAAAGUAAUUUAAUCAUCAGGGGUAAUCUGUAUCUUGCUUUUAAUAUACUUACGUAAUUCUAAAAAACAAUCUGCGUCCGUUAUUGUCCUAAAUUAUAUUCCUUUUUGCGAUACAUUAACAAUAUUCUUUAAAUGUAGCGAUGACAUGGCAUAGCUGUGAUACAUGGUCUCUAGAACAACGUUUCUUCUAGAACUUUUGCAAAUUCGAGUAGAGCCCACCUACUAUACCCUUUUUUGCAACAACCUAGGUAUAUGUAAAAUUAUUUCAUUGCAUAUACUGAACAGAAAUUGUAUUUAUUUCCUAAAAAAAUAUAUGUCUUCAUACGUUUUACCCCUGCUUGCUUAUUUUACAAAUUUAGAGAUGAUUACCACUAUCUUAAGAUAAUUUAUAAUUAUGAAUAUUAAUAUAGUAACGAUAGAAAAUAAUUUAAUGCUGGUCGUUGUACUAUCUAAACUUUCUACUUGACAAACUAAUUCGUAGAUUUAUUGGAUCCGGUUUGCGAAUUGAGAAUUACUAACAUAAAAGUAAAAUAGAAAUUUAAGUAUUAUGUUCCAUUGUUAAUUCUCAAUUAAACAUAAUCGGCAGUUACUUAAUAAUUAUUAACUUUUGUGAAUAUCAGUAUGUAUUCUUUAAUAGUUAUUGCAUUGUUUCCUUUUGAAAGUAUGUUUUGAUUACAAUGUAGGUAUUUGCGAUGAUUGGUGUACAUUCCAUAAUGUGUGUAAGGAUAAUAAAUAAAUGUCGGUUUUUGGGUAAUUUAAGAUUCUUUGGCGAGCUUUGAUUUCACAAGGGAGAUGACUUUCUGCUGUAUCAAAGAACCAAAGUUAUAUCAUUAGUGUUAAAAAUCUUCAAACUUAAGAAUUCUAUAAAUUUACCACUGCCCGGGCGAUUUGCCAGUGAUAUUUGACACCGACUUUGUUAAAAAUAUUUAACGCUACGUAAAUAAGUAAAUGUCUACAUCGAUUUCGUGGUUGGUUAAAAAUAAGUUACAAGCAAUAAUUGGGCCAAACGUAGUAGAUAUCAUAUUUCAUACUAAAUACUAGAUAUCACUGCCUAGAAAGCACGCCUUUAGUUUAGUUUACGAAUGAUAUUGUGAAGUGAACGUUUAAUAACUCAGGUUGAAGAACAUUUAUUUUCAUGCAUGGAAGUACACUAAUUGCACACGAGAACUACACGCAAAACACUAAAACAUACCUCAACUGUUCUAAUAUAUAAAUAGUUACUUACUUAGGUUUGAGAUAGUUAUAUUUUAUUCUCUUUUGUAAAUUACCAGUAAUAAAUCUCUUAAAUGUUCUAGUAAGCUUAGGGAAGAUAAUUUAUUUUAUAUGAUAGUAACAGACUAAGGGGUAACUGAAUUCUCUUCUUAUCUUAAUACAUACCUACAUAUAAACUGUAAUUUUCGAACAAAUACUAAAGGCUACUUGUAUUAUAAAAGGCACAACAAAUAGAUCAGUUUGCAUGAUCAUAUUAUUUGCUAUUUGUGGCCUUUGGAUCCUAACUUAACAGGCAAAUAUUUUCUAAUAUUAAUAUGAUUAGGACUGACUGGAUGUCCUUACUUACACCGUUUGACAUUUGAGUUUAGUUAAUAUAAAUAAGCUGCUGAUAGGCAAAAAUAUUGUCAUUUUGUACUAAGCAAACUAAAUUGUAUUUGUCUUGUUUUGUACUCUUGUUAUGCCUCUGAAACGGACCAAUUAUAGCCCUAAAAGUGUGCGGCAGGAGUCAACGCUAGAUCAUUAGAUUUAUAUUAACUACCUGAAAUGUCAUCGGACGUAAUGAACGAAUUUAUAAAUUUAUGGUAAACGAAAAAGUUAUUUUUGUAUUUCAUUUAACAAUUUUUUUUUAUGUUUCACAUAUGAUUUUUUGUGUAAUAUUUAUAUAGUUAUUCUUGGUAGGCUAUACAGGAGACUUUAAUCGAUGUUACGAUCAAUAUCUUUGAAACAUCAUAAGGACUCCUGUCUGGAAUCUAUUAUUUGGUUCUUGUUCGCGGUGGUUGUGACCCUAUUUUACUACCUACUUAUGACUGAUUAUAAUUAUUAAAGGUUACUCUCCAUAUUGUGUGUGCUCCCUAAGAUUUUUUUAUGCUUGCAUUAUCUUUGUAUGCUUCCAGUGUGCUUAUCACGAAUAUUGUCGACUCCAGUCGAUAGCUAUUUGUAUGACAUUUUGAUGAGCGCCCCUGACGGUAACUUUAGAAACUAAUGAAACUCAUACAAACUCCAGUUCGAAUCGAAUUACUAUCAACAAUAGUCGACAAUAUUCGCAUACUGGACGAUAUAGAACUUAGCGUCAAUUCACACGUACCACAACCACACCACGUCGCAGCGACAUAAUGUGGUCAAGCUGUGGUUACGUGUGAAUAGUGUGGUGACAGCGGCUUUUUGCAGUUGCGUUGUGGCAGCGACAAAAUGUCGAUGUGGUUGUGUUGUCGCUGUCAUUGCGAUGUGGUAACCGCGUCGUCGUAUGCAUUUAAUCUGCACCACAGCCACAACCACAACACAACCACGCCGUGUGGUCGGGCGUAUAUUUUGUAUUGAAAAUGAAUAAUCCAAUUCACACGUGCCACAUUUUGCCGUUGUCAUCGACCACCUGUGUAAUACGACCACAUCGCAACCACAUCGCGUCGGCAACGCCGCCACGCGGCGACGGCACCGCGGCCACCUCCUCUCCCUAUUAACUGCAUACAACCACGUGGUUACCACAUCGCAACGACAGCGACAACACAACCACAUCGACAUUUUGUCGCUGCCACAACGCAACUGCAAAAAGCCGCUGUCACACAAUUCACACGUAAUCACAGCUUGACCACAUUAUGUCGCUGCGACGUGGUGUGGUUGUGGUACGUGUGAAUUGACGCUUUCUCCUACAAAUCCCAAAAACUGCAAAGGUAAAAAAUUAUAAAAACAGAUAUGAAAAGUCUUUCCAUAAUAUAAUAUAAUAAUAAUAUCAAAGCGCCCGCCGUUUUAAUUAGGACGUGUCGAAUUAGAAGAAUCCAUGUUAGAAUUUGUUAACUUUAAUUACUUUAUCAUUAAGAUAUUGAAACGAUGAUUAUACUACUGCAUAUUAUUUACUCCACCGUGAACCAUAGCCAUAUGCAUGUUGUGCUAUUUUUGUAAUUAAUCGCUUCAUUUAGAAAAGCUUAUGUGGCGGCCGCAUACAUAAAUAAAUAAGAUGAUUAUGAUUUUUUGUAUUACUGAUUAUUAAUCUCAGAUUUUGUAUUAUUUUGUCUUUUUUUUCUUUUCUAAAUAUAAAGGCUCGCCUAGGGUGCGCCGGACGUAUACAGGCGAUACGUCACUCUAGGAGUCAUCUUUAGUGCACCACAUAAUAGUUACACUAGUUGUAUUACCAUUAAUAAAAUAAACCACGUUUAACGGGUGUUAAGAACAGAAUUUGUCGUACAUAUUUAUAAGGCGUCUGACUGCCUUUUUACAGCGUUUAGCAUCUACCUAAGUUUUGAUGGUAAGGCCCUAAAACUUAGUUGAAUAUGGUUUUCCAUCAAUAAUAUUUUCAGUAUUUAAUAAAUAAGUAUGAAUAAUAAUAUGAGCAAUUUGGGUAUUCUGCAUCUAAAAAUUAAACCACCUAUCCAAUUUAUAACGAAAAAUUCAAUUACUAAUGACAUUCCAUAAAAUUCUGCAAACAUCUGCAAUUGAAAUUUAUCUUUUUCCCUUUAGAUAUUUAACGUAAGUAUUUCUUGAUAAGAAAUACUUUUUAUAGAAUUUAAGUAGAAUUAGACUUCUUUUCAAAUUUUUGAUAACUAUAACUUUCAGUUGAGUAUCUAUAUUUAUGCUGGAAUUGAUGGCUCUAAAGGUGAGCAAAUUGAUUAUAUUCUGGGUUGUUUUUGUAUAAGUAUAGGGCUUACAUUGGGAUAAUUUAAUUUAGGUUUGAUGCGCUAUUUAUGUACCUGGCAGAGGUUGGUGGUCACGCCAGGCGCCUCGGAUAGGAUACAUUACUUUACUCACAGAAUAAACGAAUCAUACGCAUAGAUUAUAACGAGAAUUUAAGUGGUUUAUUACAGUUUGUUCUUUCUAAGUGGUUUUCGUAUUGGUAAUACCUGUUUGAUUGUACCUGUCAUAUUUUUCGCGUAAAACGUAAUGAUAUUUUGUGUUACCGAAAAUAAUGUUCGGGUCAAGCUACAUAAUAAAUGAAUGAAUGUUGUAA